CGAAAUCGGAUGCCUGGAACCUGCAGGGCCCACGAGUCUGAAAGUGGCCAGCGUGAGGCGCAUUGCAAAAAGCAGACGGGCCGCGGCAACCACUUGUUGCAGCGUUUGCAUUGUGCCAACAGCUUUAUUUUCUGGUGGUGGUGGGUGUACGCCUAGUUUGGAGUCCCCCUCCACCACUCACCGGCGAUGAUUGCCAUGGCCGGCCGGCUGCGGCUGCUCACUGCGCCAGUCGCUGCUGCUGCUUCUUCUCCUUGCCAUCGCCAGUCCACUCCGGUUUGGAGCAGGCGUAGCAGAUCAAUUGUCGCAGCAGCCGGCAGUAGUAGCAGGUCCGCGUCGUCGGAGGAGCAAUCCGCAUCCGCCGCCGCCGCCACCAUCAGAGGCAAGGGCAAGGGCAAGGGCGGCAAGACGAGGAGGAAAGUGGCGCUGAAGCUGACGUACCUGGAGAUCAACAGCUGGGUGUGGGAAGUGCAGCCGCAAGAAGCAGGCCGACCUCUGCGCAUCCUGGCGGACCCCCUCGUCGUCGGCAACCUCGACUUCGGCGCGCCAUGGCUGUUCGACGGCGCCAAGAGGAACCCCAGCGUGAAGGCCCUCGGGGUGGACGACCUCCUCAUCUUGGAGCCGGACCUGCUGCUCAUCACGCAGAGCCUGGACGACCACUGCCACGUCCGCACCCUGACGCAGCUGUCCGCCAGGGCGCCGGACCUGCCGGUGGUGACCACGCCCAACGCGCGCCCAGUCCUCGCCUCCCUGCCCACGCCGUUCCGCCGCGUCACCUACCUCGAGCCCGGCCAGUCCGCCGCCGUCGGCGACCAGCAGGUCCGGGUGCUGGCCACCGCCGGCCCCGUGCUGGGGCCGCCGUGGCAGCGCCCCGAGAACGGCUACAUCCUUCUACUCAUGACGACGACCGCCGACGCCGACCACGAGGGCCAUGGCCUCCUCUACUUGGAGCCCCACUGCGUGUACGACAGGUCGUUCCUGGAGACGAAGCGGCUGCGGGCGGACGUGGUGGUCACGCCGGUGGUGAAGCAGCUCCUCCCCGCCAACUUCACCCUCGUCUCCGGGCAGGAGGACGCCGUCGACCUGGCCAGGCUGCUGCGAGCCAGGUACGUGGUGCCCAUGAGCAACGGCGACGUGGACGCCGGCGGGCUCCUGGCCGCCGUGCUCUCCAAACAGGGGACGACGCAGUCCUUCGAGGCCCUGCUGUCGGAGGCGCUUCCCCAGGUGCAGGUCCUCCACCCCACACCAGGCGUGCCGCUGCAACUGCAACUGGAACUGGAACUGGACAUCAGCUAGCGGGGCAGAUGCAGAUGAUGGCCAAUCAACAUGAUCCUCCUCCUAUUUGUAUUGUAUGUAGUAUGUAGCACUAUACAAGAUGAAUGGUAGCAUCUCCAGUAAUUCUCAGGCUCUACUA